UGGUCCACUUAGUGCACUCAUCUAGGGAUCCCGGAGUUAUUCUGGAUAGGUAUUCUGCACGGGUAUUCGGAAUGAUCCUAAAAUAAAGUCCAGAAUUAGGCUCGGAUUCGCAUUUGGAUCCUAAUUUGUUCCCAAAACUGAAAAAAACAUUUACUUUAAAGUUGUCAAUGUUAAAGCUUUACUUCCGGGUUUUGUAUAGUGGUGGUGGUGGUGGUGGUGGAGGAGGAGGCUGUGGAGAUGGUGCUGGAGGAAGGACGAACAGAAGAGCGCGCGUGCGUGAGUGUGUGUGCGCGCGCUGACGCAGCUGAACACGGCCGAGUUGCACAGUCAUGCUGAUGUGGAUCGGAUCAAUGGCACGCCACUAAACAGCUGGAUGUGGAAAAAAAAUAGAGCGCGCACUUUGUUUUGCUCGGCUAUUUUGUUUCCUUGUUAUGUCGCGGUGUUAAAAAAAAAAAAACGGCUUCACUUCCGGAAGUUUUAGCAUUGCCAGGACCGGAUUAAAAGAGAACUUCUUCACGAUGUUCUUCACACUUUAGUGCUUCUGGAUCAUAGAAACCCUCUGGACUCUGAAUGGAAAUAACUCUAGAGAUCAGUUUUUUUCUGGAUCAUGCACACCUAAUCAGAGGGCAUAACAUCACAGAACCACACUUAAAGAAAAUGAGCCAAAACCAAGAAGACUUUUUGCGGAUUUAGUAUAUGUGACAUCUAGUUCUUUUGAUGCCCUUUUGAGUUUUUUUUCUUGGUAUCUUUGUGAUAUUCACACAGUAUUUGGUCUGGAUCGUUAAACAAUGCCUAUUUGGUCUGAGAGAGACCCCAGUCAUGAUGGAUUUCGAGUCAGACAAAAAAAGAAUGGCUUCCUAUCUCCCAAUGACUACCAAUUGUGUCUGUAUUAUUUCAUGACACGUGGUUGGAUCUAGACUAUUUUGCCUCUUUAGACUCUAGACCCUAUAUCCUGUAAAACCGAAUUACAACCCAGGCUUGGAGAAUGAUAUGUCCAAGAAAGAAGAGGCCUACCAAAGAUGAAGAUUUCUCAGCCAUCGUGGUGCCUUCAAUGAAAGGCCAUGGCUAUCUGGACUACACCAUUGAGAGUUACCCUUCCAGAGCUCUUCAAUUCAUCGAUGAGUUGCGGCAACACGGACUGCUCUGUGACCUGGUACUUCGAGUGACGUACAAAGAUACGAUAGUGGAUUUCAAGGUCCACAAACUGGUUCUGGCAGCCUGCAGCCCAUACUUUAAAGCCAUGUUUACCAGCAACUUCAAGGAGUGCCAGGCCUCAGAGGUGACUCUCAAGGAUGUUUGCCCUCAGGUGAUCAGCAGGCUAGUGGACUAUGCAUAUACCUCUCGCAUCACAGUAGGGGAAAAGUGUGUGCUGCAUGUCCUGUUGGCUGCCAUGCGCUUCCAAAUGGAGGACGUGGCAAAAGCAUGCUGUGACUUCCUGAUCAAGAACCUAGAGCCCUCAAACGUUAUUGGAAUUGCCCGAUUUGCAGAGGAGAUUGGCUGUGUUGAGCUGCAUCAACGUUGUCGAGAGUAUAUCAACAGUCACUUCAGUGAGGUGACCAAAGAAGAAGAGUUCUUCAGCCUGACACACUGCCAACUGUCAGAGCUGAUCAGUCAAGACAGUCUGAAGGUUCUGUGUGAGACUGAAGUCUACAAAGCCUGCAUUGACUGGGUGCGUUGGGAUGCAGAGGCUCGCUCUCAAUACUUCCAUGCUCUGCUAAAUGCUGUUCAUAUCUAUGCCUUGCCUGCCAAGUUCCUUAAGAGGCAACUGCAGUCAUGCCCCAUCUUGAGCAAGGCCAACUCCUGCAAAGACUUUCUCUCCAAAAUCUUCCACGAUAUGACCCUCCGCAAGUACCUGCCCCCUACUCCAUACCGAGGCACUAAGUUAAUCUACGUGUCUGGAGGUUACAAGCAGCACUCGUUAGACUCCAUGGAGGCCUUUGACCCACGAAACAACACCUGGCUGAAACUGGCACCGAUGGAGCAACCCUGCAGUGGCUUGGGGGCAUCUGUACUAUUUGGACUCUUUUACACUGUGGGGGGUCGAAACCUCUCACUGCAGAGCAAUACAGACUCUGCAACGCUGUCCUGCUACAACCCCAUGACCAAUCAGUGGACCCGGCUGGCUUCACUUAACACAGCUAGAAAUAGAGUGGGGACUGGGGAGCUCGAUGGAAGCAUUUAUGCUUUUGGAGGAUCCUAUGGCUCCACACAUCACAACACAGUGGAGAGGUACGAUCCGGAGACAAACAGGUGGACUUAUGUGGCACCAAUGUCAGUAGCACGCCUGGGAGCUGGUGUAGCAGCGUGUGGGGGAGCUCUGUAUGUGGUGGGGGGCUUUGAUGGCCAAAACCGUUGGAGAACAGUGGAACGUUACCAACCAGACACCAACACUUGGCACCAUGUAGCACCUAUGCACACUGCACGAAGUGGUUUAGGUGUGGUGUCUAUAGAUUCUUACCUCUACGCAGUGGGUGGUUAUGAUGGCCAAAGGCAACUCAACACUAUGGAGAGAUACAACGUAGCUAGAGAUGUUUGGGAGCCCUUGGCAUCCAUGGUCCACAGUCGAAGUGCCCACGGAAUCACGGUCUACCAUGACAAAAUCUUCGUGUUCGGUGGUUUCAACCAGAGCGGCUUCCUGUCCAGUGUGGAGAGUUACUGCCCAGGAAGUAACCAGUGGACGUACGUGACUGACAUGCCAGUGGGACGGAGUGGGAUGGGAGUGGGUGUAACCAUGGAGCCGUGCCCAGGCUGUCUUCCUGAGGAGGAAGACGAUGAAUGAAGUGGACUUGGAACCGUGCAACCUCAUCAGAGAUUAGUGCCUGUCCCCUUGAAGUCAGGCAUAUUCGAGACUUCUAGCUUUUGUUCAGUGGCAGUAUUUGAAAACGUAGACCGUGUUGGUUUGUGUGUUAUGGAGAUUACUGGACUGCAAACUUGUCCUAAUAAGCUGGGAUUCCUGUGUGAUUAAAAUAAGAAUUAAAAUUGUGGUCUGUAUAUUUGCAGAUUUUUUAUAAGAAAAAUGUGUAAUCUAUCAGAUAAAUAUUUUGAGUGCUA